GCAGCGCUGCCGGGGACAUGGCGGCGCUUGGACGGCGGUGGCUGCUGCGGCUGCUCCUCGCGCUGCGGCCAUUGCCCGGGCGCCGGUCCUUGCACGACGCGGCCCCGCCACGGGAUGUGCUGCUCUUCGAGCACGAACGGGGCCGCUUCUUCGCCGUCCUCGGGCUGUUCUGCGCGGGCCAGGGCGUCUUCUGGGCCUCCCUGGCCGUGGCAGCCUUGGCCAGACCCCCGGCCUGGGCGCUGCCUCCGGACGCCGAGUUCCCGCACAGCGGCCGCUCGGACCUGCGCUCCACGCUCUGGCGCUGCGGCUUGGCGCUCGGCUGCGGCGCCAUUGGUACCCUGGUGCUUGGUGCCGGUCUCCUCUUCUCCCUGCGUUCUGUGCGUUCGGUGAUGCUACGGGCUGGAGGGAAACAGGUGACCCUCACCACUCACGCCCCCUUUGGCUUGGGUGCCCGUUUCACCGUUCCUUUGAGCCACGUGUCGUGCAUGGCCCACCGUGGUGAAGUCCCGGCCAUGUUGCCUCUGAAGAUCAAAGGCCGCCGCUUCUACUUCCUCCUGGACAAAGCUGGACAUUUCCCCAACAUGAAACUCUUUGACAACACUGUGGGUGCCUACCGCAGCUUGUGAAGAAACCGCCGCCGACGGCUCACCCCUCCCAGAGGCAAAUAAAAACCGAACCUCGGGGAUGGGGGUCCUCCAAGGGGGCCCAGGGUUCAUUAACAACCAAUAAAAGAGCAGUCGUCCCAAGGGCAGCUGACAGUACCCCUGA